GUGUCUGGCACAGAGUAAGCACUUAAUAUAUAUAUUUUUUAAAAAGUUGGCCACGGUACAGAGAAUUGUGUGGUUUAGGUCAACUGAUCCAAAUUAUUUAUGCCUCAGUUCCCCACAGGUGUAGAAGGAAAAAUUAACUCUCUCCCAAAAUGAGGUGGGGGACUGAGGCAUUUUAAAGUACUUGGACGGUUCGAAGACUAGAUUUUGUAUGCACCGGAUAGAGGGUGGGAAGCAGAGGAUGGACAGCUGGAUGUAUAAAGUGAAGCAUUUCAAAUCGUGAUUUAAAUACUCAGCCUCGCCCUAGCCCUUUGAGGACAAGGGAAACCCCCCAGGCCCUCGGGCCAGCCAAAAGAGUGAACUUUCUGUUCCUCCCCACCCACCACUGAGUGGUCCAGGGGUCCUGCCAGAGCCAUGCCCGCUGGUUACAGAAGCAGACAGCACUUCUGGUGGCCGGCUGGCUGACCAGGUGCGUGGCACGCUGCGGUUUCGACCCUGCACCCUGGAUGCCCCACAAGCAAGGCACUGGCCACCCAGCCUCCUUGCCACCUGGAGGUCCCAAUCAAGUCCUCUUGAUUCAGUGUCAAAAAAGCAUGGGCUCUGAAGCAAUUCACACCAGGAUUGGCGAUCCAGCAAUUUUCCUCUCCUAUUAUACUGUACUCUCCCAACCGCUUAGUACAGUGUUCUGCACACAGUAAGCGCUCAAUAAAUAUAACUGACUGACUGACUGACCGACCUAUCCCGCUUUCCAUUCUCUUCUCCCUACUAUCUGUGAAUCAUGUUGGGCCAAUCUCCCCCACAAGAUUUUAAGCUGCCUGAGAACAGGGUGCUGAAUUGUACUUUCCAAGCGCUUAGAACAUUGCUCUGCACACAGUAAGCUCCCAUUUCUAGCACUACAUGUCCCAAGAAUGCCCGGGAUGGAGGAACUGGGGGUGGCAGAGAACCCCAGCUGUGCACUGACCUACUUACCACGUGGAGCUGUGGAUUCGUAAGGGGGGAACCUGGCAAUGGGUCCCAGGGAACUUGCUGGUCCUUUAUUCAUCAUCAGAUGGUAUAAGGGAGGAAAAGACACCGAGGAACAAAGUGACAUGCUACAGGGCACCAUAUUAAAGCGUCCCUGCAGUUAUGAGCUAACAACGCUUAGAGGAACUGUUUCGACUUCAACUGUGUCUCUCGGUUGAUCAUCACGUGACUUUACCCAGGGGCAGUCAUUCAUGAGGAGCAGAAGUUAAAUUGGGGAAUUAAACCCUGGGUGCAGGGUGCUGGGUGCCGUCAGUUCCCUGGCAUUUCUUCAGCAGAUGGUAUGUCUCUCCAUUUCUUUCUCAGCUGGACCCUGAUGCUGAUAAUCACAGAUCCCUCGGUAUCCAAAAAAAUAGUGUAUAGUGUGGGUGACAAUGCCAUUUUACCCUGCUCAUACUUGGUGCAAAAUUCAGAUGACCUCACAUCUGUGUGCUGGGGCCGUGGAGAAUGCUCUUUAACUGGAUGUGGGGAUACAAUCGUGACGACGGAUGGGAAGAAAAUGACCUUCAGCAGAAGCGAUAGAUACAAUUUAAAGGGGAAUCUCUUCAGAGGGCAUGUUUCUCUGACUAUAACUGGGGUGACGAAAGCAGAUAGCGGGAUGUACUGCUGCCGGGUAGAGAUCGCUGGUUGGUUUAAUGAUGAGAAAAAUAACCUGGAGUUGGAGAUUUGGCCAGCCAGGCCACGUCCUGUUCUAACCACAGCCAAGAGUACCACUUCAAUUCUUAGAACUAAUGCCCCCAUGGAGGAACACAAUUCAGCCAGGCCACGUCCUGUUCUAACCACAACCAAGGGCACCACUUCAAUUCUUAGAACUAAUGCCCCCACGGAGGAACACAAUUCAGCAGUGACUUUCACAAGAAAUUACACUUCAAGCCGUCACCAGAAUCAAACUCAAACUAAAAUGACAAAGGAGCCUCAUGACAUGAACACAAGGGCAACAGCAGUGUAUAUUGGCUUCAGUGCCUUAGUUGGUUUGUCUCUCUUCCUGAUCCUUGCUGUCAUUAUUUUCAAAAGGAAUUUGCAAAAUGGAGGCAAGUUGCAGAAUUUAAGUGCAAUCUCAAAGUUCAAUCCCCAACACCCAAGGACACAGUUGGCAAUGGAAGAAAGGCCCUAUACAGAGGAAAACAUCUACAGCAUAGAGGAAAAUGCUUAUGAAAUAGAAGAUGGGUAGGAAUCCCCAGGGAGUUUUGAUGACCAUAACAGCUAAUACAGAAACUCACCACAUCCAUAUGUGUUUCUUUUUCAAGACAUCUAAUGGUUUCAGAUCUUGUUUCCCCUUUCAAGGACCCACCAGAUGAACCAACAUACCAUGCUGAGAGACACUUAUGUAUAAAGAACUCUGAACUCUGAAUAUUGCACUGAUAACAUUAUAGCGGUACCAACCUUCUAUAUGACUAGAAGCCCAGAAGUUUUCACAGACUGUUAUAUUGUACUCUCCCAAGCACUUAGUACAGUGCUCUGCACAUAGUAAGUGCUCAAUCAAUGCCAUUGAUUUAUUGAUUAACACUUGUGUUAAAUGGUGGGAUAAGAUUUACAAUGGGAUCUUGAAAUACAGUCACUUCAGCAUUAAACCAGUGUUUAUCAUAACCCAAAUACUUUAGCAGGACAUUUGAGAAUGGGAUUGGGAAUCAGCAAAUCUGUAAUCUGGUCUAGGCUGCAGUAUUUGUCUGCUGAGUCUCCUAGACCAGGUAAUUUAACUUCUCUGUACCUCACCUUCCUUCAUCAUAAAAUGGGGAUAAAAUACCUAUUCUCCCUCAGUUUAUCCUGCUAGCGCAAUGUAGGGCAGGUAAUGAAUCCAAUCUGAGUAUCUGGAAUCCACCCUAGUGCUUAGCACAUAAUAAGCACUUAAUAAAUACCAUCACAAAGAGAAGAAUGAAUAACGGGAUACUCAAGCAUCUGCAGAUUGGUGAACUGAAAUUGGAUACAAACAAGGAGGGAAUUUCUUAAAGUCCCAGCAAUGACAAGUUUCUGUGAAUUGUUUUUCCAAUUUACCUGAAAACAUAGAGCAGAAAUGAAGAGAACUGAGUUAAGAUUACAAUUUUAACUUGUUGCGAUUACAAAGAUCUGAUAGUGGAUGUCCUAAUCCUAGCAAGACAAGAAUAUUCUAGGAGAAUUAUCUUUCCACUAGUAAAAUCCUUUGGGGACAGUUUUGGGGAUUAAAUCAUAUUGAUAUGAAGAUUGUAUUAUUCUUUCAUUGACUCAUUCAUUCAAUCGUAUUUAUUGAGCACUUACUGCGUGCAGAGCACUGUACUAAGUGCUUGGAAAGUACAAUUCAGCAAUAAAGAGAGAUGAUCCCCACGCACAAUGGGCUUACAAUAUAGAAGUAAGACCUUCCUUAUUCAGAAAUACUUAAAAAAAUUAAAAAAAUGAAAAAAAUGAAUUUAAAAAAAUUGCAAAAACCUUUUUUGCAAAGUGGACUAUAGAAAAUUCUUAAGGACAGGCAAUUUUUUUUCGAUCAUAUCAUUUAUUGUGAGCCUAAAGUUUUCUUGAAAUAGCCCUUUCACAGGCAAGUUCAGAGCCAUCAAAAGAAGGAUGCAAAAUUCUUAUUUGAUAAUUCGUUCCACUUUCCCCAUCCUCAAAGCCUUAUUAAAAGCACAUCUCCUCCAAGAGGCCUUCCCUGAUUUAGUCUUCAUUUCCCU